AUGUCCGCCUCGUUCUGCACCGAUGUCUCGCAGCUCUCACACAAAUGCGCGUUUCUCUUUUACAGCACAACCAACAGCAGCUACGCGUCAACGCCCGACGCGCUAGUGACGCAGCUCGUAUCGGCCAUCACCAAAUCACUCUCCAAUGCACACUUGCCCGGGAGCUGCCGGAAAGCGAUCCUCGCGCUGUCCUGCUCGGUCGUCCUGCCCGAGUGCCCCUCGGCCGACGCACAGCUGCCGCAUUAUUCGGAGCUGCUGAACCAUGUCGCUGCCUCCUGCCGCGUGAGCGUCGACGACCUGUCUGACCGUCUGCUGCGCACCGCUGCUUCGAAUGGGAGUCCUGAGUGGUUUGCCCUGGUUGAUAUGGUCUGCGUUGCUGUAUUUUUCAUGGUGGCGUGCGUGUGCGCGUUUUAUUUGCUUUCCCAGGGCGAGCGCAUAUACUCUGAUCUGACCAGCUUUGCCGCCCCUCAGAGCCCGUCGCUGGCUUUCUCCGAGGCUUCUGAGAAGGACGUCCAGGGCGCUGGCGAGAAGCCGCAGCUUGGCUCCAUGGAUGCUGUUUUGAUCAAUAUUUCGUAA